AUGUUUGAACACACGAUUCCAAGCCUCAAACUAUCUGAGAGUCCCCCGAGGACAAACGGUGGAGCCCACAGCGCCCUUAUUGCCUACGACGAUUCUAGUGCGGAUGUCUCGUCGGCGCCUGAAGCCGUCCGAUUUUUCGUCAACAGCCUGAUUAAUCUAGGUUUCCCGGUGUUCUUUGUGCAAGGUUAGUGGAUUUUUAAAAAUCUAUUACUGGCUGAUAAGGCGGUGCAAAUGAAGUCUCUGUUUGUGAGUUUUCUAUUAAUUGUGCAUGCUACUCACAAUGUAAGCUACCUUGCGGUUUGCUCCUGGAAAUACCUUUAGAAAUGCAACUUUGAUUGGCAAGUUUUUCAUAAUGUCAGGAUUGUAUGGAGAUCUUGUGUAAAGAAUUUGAUACACAUCAGAGUAUCGCAGGUCCAGACUUUUUCCACGUUACCUUUGUCUGAACGUGUGCUCUAGGCUCCUUCCGGCAUUUUGUUCGCACAAAGGAGAUGGAUUUUUGCAGUAAAUGACAUGAUAUCAUAUGUAGGUGACGCUGUUUUUUAAACAAUUUAAUACAGUUUUAUUUCUGUUAAGGCGGAUUCGUGGCCAUCAAGGAGCUUUCUGAUAUCGCUAAGUGCGGACAUUCCAGGAAGGAAUGGCUUACAUCCACUUCGGUCACAGACACUGAACAGGCCCUUUUCAGGAGAACAGAUGCAGUGGAAACUCCGCGUUUAGACGUUCUUUUAAGGACUUCAGAUCCAAACGAGCAAGCGGAGUUAUGUAGAUUAUCGACGUUUUAUUUCGGAAAGGAGGACACUUCAUCAGCCGACAAAAUUACCCUGAACGGCAACAAGAUACUCAGUGUGUCUAAACGCCGCUUUCCGAACGAACCCAACAUGGAUUACCUGCAGACGGAAGUCUCACGAGUCCUACCAUACCUGUAUCUCGGUACGAAGACAUCACUGCUGCUCUGACAUGUGCAUCAAUGAAAACGUAUAGAUGUCUAUCUGUAGAAUGACGAUAGCAGGAGACGUAUGUGCGCAUAUACUUUGCAGAUCAAUUUUCCAUUAACGUCUCUAGACGUGUAAACUUUCUCAAAAUAUCAAAAUUCGCUGCACACAUAAGCAACUAGCCCAAGUUUGAAAAGUUAAUGAACUUACUGAUAUUGGCUAAUAUUGCAACAGUUGGAUAAAUUCCCUAGUCUUGCACUAAACUGACCUAACUUUUGGACGGAAUACAAGCGUACCAACUUGCCCUUAGGCUCCAGGCCAGAGUCACGCGGAAACGACACAGCGGCCAACUAUCAGUAAGCGUUUCAAGCCAUACGCCUACAAACAAUGUCAACAGGCCACCCCUCAGUGCUUUAUUUAGCUCACGUCGGCGAACAGCACUCGCGUGUGACUUUGUAUACUCUCAAUCGCAGCGUGUUCUCUUAAUUUAAUGACAGAGCGUCUAACUGUGUGCUAAUCAAAUCCAGUCUUCCUGUCUCUGGUCUUGCAUGUGGCCAACUGAGGGCGGAAAAUGAUGCGGAAUUGGCAGUUCUACGCCUUUCGUACUAAAUGUCUACCUAAUUUCUUAGCACCGUUUAUGACGGCUGCUAGACUAGUACUUUGCGCAGCCUGCAUCUGAUACAUGGCAGAUCUUUAUCACAACCUGGUGAAUCCUAUUUGUUCCCUACUCUAUGGCGCCUCAAAAGUCACGAGCGUCAGCUCUCGCACCAGCGGUCUGGAUGCUUUUUACCGAUGACAGCGGGCAGAACAAGCCAUACGCGCACGUAUGGGCAGUUGAACUUUUCCGCGGUUACUACUUAGUUCCUGCUGGCUUACAUGAGUAGACGAUAUUCAAGAUGGUGUGCAAGAAAUGAAGAGAAGGUGAACGCAUAUAAGGAGAAAAGUACUCCAAACUGCGUAAAAACUUGUCACACCAAACCCCUGAAAACGACCUACCCGAAUGCUUUCCUGCAGUCUUUAUUUCAUUCUGCGUUUUCAAUGUAACGUGCAGACAAAUUUUUCAUGCUCGUUUAUGAGAUCUACAAUGUACUUGUCGUUUCUCCUCACGUUCACGGCAUUAAUUGGUGCCUUUCGGAGAUCGGUUACCGUACUUUCGAGUAUUAAUAGUUUAACGUUUAGAAUCCAAAAUCGGGAGACGGCAGCACAAAGUGGUGUUCUGACUAAUGAUUACUCCUUUUUGCCUAAAAAUAGAUGACCUUCAGACGCUGAUCUAAAAAGUAACUGCGUGAGCGAUUAACGUGUGCAUGCCUCGCUGUAGCCCAUGUGUCUUGUUUAGACUGUGAAUUCAUAAAACGUGGGCAUUUUUAAUGCUCGAACUUCUUACUCACAGGCAAUUACCAGGAUGCUACAAACCUACCACUUCUAAAAAAACUCGGUGUCACACACAUCCUCAAUGUUACCCAGGAUUUGCCACUGGCGUUCGAGAAGACGCAUUCUUUUCAAUACCUCCGAUUGCCAGCGUUGGAUUGUGCUGAACAGAAUAUUUAUCCACUUUUUGAGAAGGCCAUCAAUUUCAUCGGUGAGUCUGGACAUUCGCAGAUCAUGCGCUUCGAGACCGAGCGCAGUCUAUGUCCCCAAUGUUAAUGAGUGCCAGUGCACUUUGCCAUAUUCCAUGCUUUAUGCCCUGAUGAGGAGUUUUCGAAGUUUGCUAGUCGACUGAUUCCUAAAGACAGGCAAAAUGUCAUCCACGACUGCGUUAGGUGAGCUAUGUAAACCAGCCGAAAGAUCUAUCAAAUAGGCGAGCCUGGUAGUCAUCUGGUGAUUGCUGAGGAAAUCCGGCUUCGGCAGUCAGCUUACAGUGUCAGAAUUGGUGGAUUUCAUAUUCUAAGGUAGGUUGGGCGAGUAACUUGAUUCAAAUGGGAUUAAACUCACGACUAUCGGUCGGACCUCAAAGCUCAGGCAAUUAGAGUGUUGGCUGUUCUCAUGCUUUGCCCUUGCUGUCGUGGGUUUGAAUCCCAUUGGGGCCGCUGAGUUCAUCAAAAUUGGGUUAAAUCAAUUAUUCAACUCAUCCGAAAGCACCUAUUGUAGUUUGACCUAACUUAAAGCUGUUGAACCUGUGAAACAAUAAAGUUUUCGUGGAAACAGACUGUAUUCCUUGAAGCCCUAGAAGUUUUGUACCUCCACGUUUAAAAUAAUAUUUCUCUUGGUUUGUUUCAAGAAUAUUGAACCUGCCUCUCUUAACCUUCUGCAGACGGCGCAAGAGAGGUCGGCGGAGUGGUGCUGGUCCAUUGCUUUGCGGGAAUUUCGCGUUCAGCUUCAAUUGUUAUGGCCUACAUGCUGUACCACUCUCCACUCACUGUCUUGGAGGCAUACAAGCUCUUGCAGUCAUUUCGUCCCAUUGCGGAACCAAACUUUGCCUUUUUAGGUCAACUGGAUAGCUUCAGGAGACUGACUAGUCCAGAGAAGAGCAAUAAACUCGUAACGGAAGUCCUCAUGGAUAUGUGGCUACGGUUGUCCGAAGAAGAACAGAAGAGCGCGCAAAAUACCGCUUUAGCAGAUGUUCCCCUAAGGAGACACUUCUGGACCCGUCUCCAAGUCUACUCGCCCUCAUCACCAGCCAGUGUACUCGACCAAAGUUCAGUCCCCUGGACCACCAGAGCAGAAACUCGCAUGUGA